AGGGCGCAUGCGCUACGGUCUGUCCCAACACCCCGCCUCGGCCGUGGAGACGAAGAUUUCGUGUGGGGAGCCGCGUGGUCCUGGAUAGUUUGUAGAGGAUGUUCCACGAGGAAGUCCCCAACUCGACUCACCCUCAGGAGCAAGACUGUUUACCCAGUCAGCAUGCCAAUGCUUACAAAGACAUGCCAGUUGGGCAGGAGUGUGGUGGGGUCUCAGAGGCUGGGGAGUGCCUCUCCUCUACUUCCUGUGAGUAUGGGCCAUCCACAUCUGCUGAAGCUUGUAUGUUGGCAGCCACAAGGCGGGGGCCAACCCUGCUACACAUUGAUCGGCAUCAGAUCCCUGCAGUUGAGCCCAGUGCUCAGGCCCUGGAGUUGCAGGGCCUGGGUGUGGACGUCUAUGACCAGGCCGUCCUGGAGCAAGGUGUGCUUCAGCAGGUGGACAGUGCGAUGCAUGAGGCCAGCCGUGUGGCCCAGCUUGCUGAUGCCGAGAAGGAGUAUCAGUCAGUCCUGGAUGACCUCAUGUCAUGUUCAACAUCCCUGAGGCAAAUCAAUAAAAUUAUAGAGCAACUUAGCCCUCAAGCUGCCAGCAACAGAGACAUCAACAGGAAAUUAGAUUCUGUGAAGCGACAGAAGUAUAACAAGGAACAACAGCUAAAGAAGAUAACUGCAAAACAGAAACGUCUCCAGGCCAUUCUCGGAGGGGCCGGGGUCCAAGUGGAACUGGAUCAUGCCAGCCUAGAGGAGGAAGAUGCAGAGCCAGGGCCAUCAUGUCUUGGCAGUAUGCUCAUGCCUGCCCAGGAGACGGCCUGGGAGGAGCUUAUCCGCACUGGCCAGAUGACACCGUUUGGAACCCCAGCCCCUCAGAAACAGGAGAAAAAGCCCAGAAAAAUAAUGCUGAAUGAAGCAUCAGGCUUUGAAAAAUAUUUGGCAGAGCAAGCACAACUUUCGUUUGAAAGGAAGAAACAAGCUGCUACUAAAAGAACAGCUAAAAAAGCUGUGGUCAUGUCCGAGUCAAGCCGAGCAGCAAAUGAAACCAAGGCAGACCAGAGAGGCCAAGUGCUCUCUCAGACAGACAAGCGCCUGAAGAAGCACAUCAGGAAGCUCCAGAAGAGGGCGCUGCAGUUCCAGGGGAAAGUGGGAUUGCCAAGGGGGAAGAAACCUCUGGAGCCCGAGGUGAGGCCAGAGGCAGAGGGAGACACUGAGGGUGAGGAGUCUGGGUCCUCUCCCACCGAUGGGGAGGAGGAGGAAGAACAAGAGGAGGAGGAAGGGGUAGCCAGCCUGUCUUCCGAUGACAUUAGCUACGAGCUGAAGCCUCUUCGGAAGAGGCAGAAAUACCAGAAGAAAGUCCCAGUUCAGGAGAUCGACGAUGACUUCUUUCCAAGUUCUGAGGGGGAAGAUGAAGCUAUGGAAGGAAGAGGAGGAGGCUGCAAGGUAGCCAAGCGCCAAGACGAUGGAGAUGAGGAUUAUUAUAAGCAGCGGUUAAGGAGGUGGAACAGGCUGAGACUGCAGGACAAAGAGAAACGCCUGAAGCUUGAAGAUGAUUCUGAGGAGAGCGAUGCCGAAUUUGACGAAGGUUUCAAAGUGCCGGGUUUUCUGUUCAAAAAGCUCUUUAAGUACCAGCAGACAGGUGUUAGGUGGCUGUGGGAAUUGCACUGCCAGCAGGCAGGAGGAAUUCUGGGAGACGAAAUGGGAUUGGGCAAGACCAUCCAGAUAAUUGCCUUCUUGGCAGGUCUGAGCUACAGCAAGAUCAGGACUCGCGGUUCAAAUUACAGGUUCGAGGGACUAGGCCCCACAAUAAUUGUCUGCCCAACGACAGUGAUGCAUCAGUGGGUGAAGGAAUUCCACACGUGGUGGCCUCCAUUCAGAGUGGCAAUCCUGCAUGAAACAGGUUCCUAUGCCCACAAAAAGGAGAGGCUGAUUCGAGACAUUGUUCAUUGUCGUGGAGUUUUGAUAACUUCGUAUUCAUACAUCCGACUGAUGCAAGAUGAUAUUAGCAGACAUGACUGGCACUAUGUCAUCUUAGAUGAAGGACACAAAAUUCGAAAUCCAAAUGCUGCAGUCACCCUUGCUUGCAAACAGUUCCGGACACCUCAUCGGAUUAUCUUGUCCGGCUCACCGAUGCAGAAUAACCUCCGAGAACUGUGGUCACUCUUUGACUUCAUCUUCCCAGGAAAGCUAGGCACAUUGCCUGUGUUUAUGGAGCAGUUCUCUGUCCCCAUCACCAUGGGAGGAUAUUCCAACGCUUCCCCAGUACAGGUUAAAACUGCCUAUAAGUGUGCAUGUGUCUUAAGAGACACAAUAAACCCAUACUUACUGCGAAGAAUGAAAUCAGAUGUCAAGAUGAGCCUUUCGUUGCCAGAUAAAAAUGAGCAGGUCUUAUUUUGCCGUCUAACUGAUGAGCAGCAUAAAAUCUAUCAGAAUUUCAUUGAUUCCAAAGAGGUCUACAGGAUUCUCAAUGGAGAAAAUCAGAUUUUCUCUGGACUUGUAGCUCUGAGGAAGAUCUGCAACCACCCUGACCUCUUUUCUGGUGGUCCCAAGAAUGUCAGUGGUCUUCCAGAGGACGAACUGGAAGAAGAGCAGUUUGGACACUGGAGACGCUCUGGGAAAAUGAUUGUUGUUGAGUCUUUGCUGAAAAUAUGGCAGAGGCAGGGUCAGCGGGUGCUGCUAUUUUCCCAGUCUAGGCAGAUGCUACACAUACUGGAAGUGUUCCUGAGAGCCCACAAGUAUUCAUAUCUCAAGAUGGAUGGGACCACCACCAUAGCGUCAAGACAGCCGCUGAUUACAAAAUACAAUGAGGACACGUCCAUCUUUGUCUUUCUUCUGACCACACGGGUGGGUGGCUUAGGAGUGAACCUGACUGGGGCCAACAGAGUCAUCAUCUACGACCCUGACUGGAAUCCAAGCACCGACACACAGGCCCGGGAGCGAGCAUGGAGGAUAGGUCAGAAGAAGCAGGUAACUGUCUACAGGCUUCUGACAGCUGGCACCAUUGAGGAGAAGAUCUACCACCGACAAAUCUUCAAGCAAUUUUUGACAAACAGAGUGCUAAAAGACCCAAAACAAAGGCGCUUUUUCAAAUCCAAUGAUCUCUAUGAGCUGUUCACUCUGACCAGUCCUGAUGCCUCCCAGGGCACUGAAACAAGUGCUAUUUUUGCAGGAACUGGCUCCAAUAUUCAGACACCUAAAUGCCAUUUAAAAAAAAGGACUUCACCAGUCCUAGGAACAGAUCCCAAAUGCAAGAAGCCCCCUGUUUCUGACACACCUGCAAAUGCUGCCACCCUGAUUGGAGAAAAACCUAAGGCGGCGGGAGCUACAGGAAGAAGUGUCUCUUCUGCAGAAAGUGGUCCUUUCAAAGGUGACCGUCACACAAAUGGGGACAGAGCUAGCAGUGUUGCUUUGGGAGAAGAGACAGGUGCAGGGUCCAUGCUGGAGCAUCUCUCAGUGAUGAGUGAAGAUGGGAAGUGUUCAGAUUCUCCAACAGUUGACCACACAUCCAGGCCAUCAAUUGAGGUGAGCACCAGUGAGAAGCAGGGUUCUUCCAAUGAAGGGGAGUGCUGCCAGGCUCAGACAGAACCUGUUCACAUGAGCGAACAAAUGGAAGGUCAGUUUUCUAAGUACAAAUCAAAAAGGAAACAUGAUGCAUCUGAGGAAGAGACCACAGAGAAACGUCCACAGCCCAAGCAAAAAGCCAAGAACUCCAAGCAUUGCAGAGAUGCUAAGUUUGAGGGAUCUCGAGUCCCGCACCUGGUGAAGAAAAGGCGGUACCGCCAGCAAACCAGUGAGCAGGAGGGCGGAGCCAAGGACCGGAGCAGUGAUGACUAUGUGUUGGAAAAGCUUUUCAAAAAAUCAGUGGGCGUGCACAGCGUUGUGAAGCAUGAUGCUAUCAUAGAUGGGUCCAGUCCAGAUUAUGUGCUGGUGGAAGCAGAAGCCAACCGAGUGGCUCAGGACGCCUUGAAAGCUCUGAGGCUCUCUCGUCAGCAAUGCCUGGGGGCAGCGUCUGGUGUUCCCACCUGGACUGGCCACAGAGGGAUUUCUGGUGCACCAACAGGAGUAAAGAAUAGGUUUGGUCAGAAAAGGAACGCCAACCUCCCUGCGCAGCGUCCUUCGUCACUCACAGAAAAGACUCAGAGCAACAUGAGAAAGGAGGGGAAAGCUCACACCCCCGAGCACUUCAGUGGCAAAGAAGAUGGAGCAUCUUUGUCUGGAGCGCCCAGUUCCUCCUCCCUCUUGGCCAGAAUGCGAGCAAGAAACCACAUGAUUUUGCCGGAGCGCUUAGAGAGUGACGGCGAGCAUCUUGCCGAGGCUGCUGCCGUGCCUCCCUGUGGCACAGAACAUGACGACCUUCUGGUGGACAUGAGGAACUUCAUUGCUUUCCAGGCCCAGGUGGAUGGCCAGGCCAGCACUCAGGAAAUCCUGCAGGAGUUUGAAUCCAAGCUGUCUGUGGCACAGUCCUGUGUCUUCCGAGAACUGCUGAGAAAUCUGUGCAAUUUCCAUAGAACUCCUGGUGGUGAAGGGAUUUGGAAACUGAAGCCAGAAUACUGCUAACAGUGAUGCUCCCUAAACUCUUUCAAAUGGAAAUCUCGGCUCACCGAUUUGAUUAGUGAUCAUGGUGUGUGUGUGUGUGUGUGUGUGUGUGUGUGUGUGUGUGUGUGUGUGUGUNUGUGNGCGCGCGUGCGUGUGAAUGGCUGCACUUGGUGUUUACUGUGUCAUCUACCUCAAGACUAAAACUUGAAGAAGAAAAUAAUUGGAGGGUUUUUGUUUUGUUUUGUUUUGUUUUGGUGGCACUGUGAAUUAAGUUAUAAAACCAGGGACCUAACAGUCUAAUGGAGCAAAUAUGUUAUUUAACCCAAGAGAUGUUGUCAGGGAGCAUACUCUACUUAAGAAUACAUCUCGGUUCUUCUUACUGGUGCUGGGCAUAUGUCUUCUCUUUAUCCACCCCCUCUCAUAAGUCACCACUUCACAGUAUCCAAUAAUCUUAGUACCUUGAUACAGGAUGAGUAAAUAUUUCUGACCCACUGGUUACAUACAGAAAGACACUUGCUAUCUGUCAAAUCAUUAAUUACAUAUAAAUAAUUCUUCAUAGUACUUUUAAAUUAGCAGGUUUGGGGUUUGUUUGUUUGUUUGUUUGUCUGUUUUAAAUGUUGCUGAAGACAGACUCUGGUGCCUUGCACAUGCUCAGUGUGUGCUUUACCACCAAGUCCCAUCCCAGUUCAUAUGUGUCAAAGUAGGAAGUCUGUUUUUUCUUCUCUGUCAUCAUUAUCUAAAGAUGGCAGAUGGGUUUGUCUAAAUAGGUCAGUCAGUUCUAAACUUUAGUACUUGGCUCAGAAGGAAGUCACAGCACCCGUUUGUUUAUUUAUUUUUUUCUUCCAGUGAUCAGCCUACAGGAAGUGCUGUUGCCGUGUCCAUGGGCUGACUACUAACCUGACUCACUAGCAUGACACAUUUGUGCUGUCUGAGAUCUUAAGUUAUACUGAGCGAGAGAGCAUCUUAUAGACACUCUUAACUGAAGAAAGUUACCUACCACGCAGUCAGGAAGGGAUCCGUGUUCCACCUCUGCCACUGACCUGCCCAGCCUGGGAAGGUUGAAUCUGGAAACAUGGUUAUCCAGCCAAGCUGGGAGAAGCUUAGAGACCAGUGCUCUAGGUUAAAGAACUUUUUAGCAAUAUACACCUUUAUACAUUGAGCUGCAGUCUGAUUUUUUUGAACAUUAAAUACUUUGUGCGUUGUAAAUAGAUUUAAUGUAUUAAACAUGUUAAAUAAUUACAAAUAAAAGAUUUUAUAAUACUGACUUUUCCUGUACUGUCACUGUUAGAAAUCCUUCAAGCACUCCUGCCUCCCCAGUCUGUGCAUUCCAAAGCCCUGUGCAGUUGCCCAGGCAUUGGCAUGGCUGCUGGCAUGGGUUGCUUCUUCUCUGUGUUUCCCCUGGACUCAUGACUGCCCAGCUGAAGAGCGUUUCUCAGCCUCCCUACAGGUGUGGCCCCAUGACAGUUCUAGGCAGUGAGAUGGAAGACUUCCAGCUUGAAGCUUUCAAAAAGAGCCAUGGUGUGCAUGCCCCCGAAAGUUCCCUGUUUUGCUCCUCAGGACAUCUGUGAGAGCCUCAGGUGUCUCCUGGGAUUUCAGGAGAGGGUGGAUGGCCUACCAGUCAAGAACGGCUAUCUUUGACCAGAUACUUUGGAGUGAAAUAAAUGAAGUGUUAUUUAAUGCUGUUUUAACACCUAACUGGUGUACUGUAUGUAACACAUGAAUGCUGUAAGUGUCCUGUGUAUCUCAUGUCCACAUUAUGCAAGUCUUUUCACUCCUCUGGUGGACCUCUGCUUUCGCUGACCUGCUGAGCUCCAGACCCAUCACAGACUCAGUUUCCCCAUGCUUGCCUGCAGCAGCUAAUUUCCAUCUUGGUACAUUGUUUUAAAACUAGUCUUGCUUCAUAAAAUAACCUUACUUUAAUUUGAAUUUCUCUGAUUCAAUGCCAGACAGAAUACAUAUUCACCUAGUUUCCUCAAUAUAAAUGGAAGACAGUUAUGAAAGAGGCAAGAACGAAAAGCCAUUCUGGGCUAGUCCAUCAUCUGUCACCACUCCAAAUGCCAGCUUCGACUCAUUGCAGUGUGCUGCAAGGCUGUCAGACCCCGUGUCUGUCUGUUCCCUCACACUCUGCAUGAUGUCAGACCCCAUGUCUGUCUGAUCCCUCACCCUCAGCAUGCUGACGUUUGCCACCUGUGGGAAAGUCCAUUUUCCUUUUAAUCUCGUCUACUAUGUCUUAUUUUUGUACAUUUCCUGUUCCAAGCAAAUGAUAGAAUUAGCUUAAUAGGUUCUACUGAAGUGUUGCUCUUUUGGCCGGAUUGUAUUAGUUUGCCCAUUAAUUGGAAGAUAAUAGACUUCUUUAUAAUUAAUGUAAUUUUCCCAUUAGUAUUAUGAUAGGCCUAAUUUUAUUGCUUGGGUAACAUUCCUCAUAAGGGUCUUCACAUUUUAUAUUAGCUUCGUUCUAGAUGUUUUACAGAAUUUUUGUUUAGGAUUUUUAAGGAUCUUUUACUUUCACAUAAAAAAAAAAGUGGAGAUGCUUGACUCAUUCCUGUAUCACCUUUGUGUUGCUUAUCACUGGAGGCGUUUCCAUUCAGAGUUGCUACAUUUAGUUUUUAAAUAUCCUAUGGUCAUGAUUCAGUCUCGUGAAUGGCCUUGUUAGUUACAAUGUGGUUUGGAUGGGAGGUGUCCCACCUGUAGACUCAUGUCUUUGAACAUGUUCCUAGCUCAUGAUGCUCUUGGACCUCCUGACGGUUGCCAUGACAGACUCUGUCACCUGUAAUGUGAGCCAAAAAUGAACGCUUCUUUCCUUAGGUUCUUUUGUCUGGGUACUUUGUCAGCAAUAAGGUAAAUGACUAAAUGUAAUUAUACAGAAAUAGGUAUUUUCCUAACAUUUGAAAACCAUAGAUCAUUCCCUCCUUCCUGAUUUAUACAUUUAUAAAGCCACCAUACCACCAUUAUGUCCCAUGUCCAUAUAAUCAUGAGAAUGUGUCUGAACUCUAUAUUUUGUUAAAUUUGUCCAUUCAUCUUUACCAAUAAACCAUUUUUAAUCACGUAGGUUUCUAAUUGGUUGUCAAAAAUUGUAGAACAACUCUUGGAUCUUUGUUCUAUAUAUAUUAGAUCAUCUUUUCACAUUGGGAUUUUGUGAUUAUGAUGAAUGAGCAGAUUUGUUGAGGAUUAUUUAUGAUGCUGGGUCCCAUGCAUCUCUGAAUAAGCCAUAGCUAUGUAUUUUUAUUACAUGUUUAUAAAGAAAUAAUUGCGCUAUAUCUCACAUUUUGUAAUAGACAACUUACAUAGAAGCUUACAUAGACAACUUAGAUAUGCAUAGAUAGAAAAUGUGUAUUAUGCAAGCAAUUCUAUCAAAUCUUGGUGAGAGCAAUGAGUCGGAUGUACAACUUAUACUUAGUCCUAACCUUGAUUUUGUACCCGUAAUAAAGGACACCUGAAAACCCACGUGUUCUCACUUAUAAAGACUCGUCUCCUGGUUCUAAGUUGGCUUUGCUAACUGAUGUUCUAUGUAUCAUCUAGCAGCUUUGCUGAACUUGUGCUCUGAUCUAUAAAUUGUUCCGUAACACUUGGAUCAGCUGUAAUAGUAAUGACUGUGUUUCAUGUGUUCCAGUAUGUACACGCUAUGAUGCGGAGUUGAAAUGCUUACAGGUGGCCUCGUACUUAGCCAUCUCUCUCUCCUGCCAUUGAAGAGAAGCUCUAAAACCUACAGUUGCUGUUUUCUAAUAGAUGGUUUAGUUGGG